AUGAUCAGUCAAGUAGUGCUGCUCGAGCUGUUUAGAUCGUUUGGUUGAAAAAGGUGCAGAUUUUUAAACUAAUUGUAUUUCAUUGCACUUUUUUUGUGUGCAUAUAGAAGUGCCUUCGCGCUAAGACUAGUAAAGUAAAUUUAUUUUUAGCAUUCAACUGUGAAGAGUACUAGAAGCUUACGCAACCAUGAAGUUGCUGCUGCUGCUGUUGGCGGGCUUGUUAUGCCUGGUGCCUACAUUCGCUGAGGAGGAGCUAUCCGAUUUCGAUUUGGACGAAUUGGUGGAUGACGAUUUCGGUGAGAGUGCAGAGGAGAUGCUGCGUCAAUUGGAGCAAAAGAACCAGAAAAAUGAUUUGGAACGUGAAAAUGAACUCGCUAAUAAAUUUGCCGCUGAAGCCAGAGACCAGCAGAAUAACGUAUUGCAACCCGUCGUUGAAAUUGAUCCAUGUGAGAAGAUGCACUGCGGUGCUGGUCGUGUCUGCCAGCUGAAUGACAAUGAAGCCAAAUGUGUGUGCAUACCCGAGUGUCCUGAGGAGCCAGAUGCACGUCGUCACGUCUGCACGAACCGCAAUGAAACUUGGCUUUCCGAUUGCGCUGUCUACCAGCAGCGUUGUCUUUGCGACACUAAUGCACCUGGUUGCUUGAAACCCGAAAACAGUCACGUUCACAUCGACUACUACGGACCAUGCCACGAAAAACGCGAAUGCUCCGAAGAGGAUAUGAAAGAUUUUCCACGUCGCAUGCGUGAUUGGCUUUUCAACGUGAUGCGUGAUUUGGCCGAACGUGAUGAGCUCACCGAACAUUAUAUGCAAAUGGAAUUGGAAGCGGAAACCAAUAUGACACGUCGUUGGACUAACGCAGCCGUCUGGAAAUGGUGUGACUUAGAUGGUGACACUGAUCGUUCGGUAUCACGUCACGAACUCUUCCCCAUCCGUGCGCCAUUGGUCAGUCUGGAGCAGUGCAUUGCACCAUUUUUAGAAUCUUGUGACUCUAAUAAUGACCAUCGCAUUACUUUGGUGGAAUGGGGUGCUUGCUUGGAAUUGGAUGAGACCGAUUUGAAUGAGCGUUGCGACGAUAUUCACAGAAAUACACCACAAUUGCUUGGCUAAAAAUUGGCUGAAUACGGACGAAGUCCAGCCAAAACGUUUGAAGCUUUAUUUUCUUUAACACUACUCUAAAAUACAUAUGUAUGUAUGCACAUAUAUACAUAUAUGUAAAUGUUAAUUGUGUGCCUAAUAGUUUCUGUAUAUGGAAUCAUUCGAUUUAUGCUUAUCAGCGAAUAUUGAGAUUUUAGCUUAUAAAUAACAGUAAUAAAAUUUUAUAAAAUUUAAAAA